AUGCCGACUCGAUCGGAUUCAGCUUCUGCCAAUGCGCCACUUGAGAGGAUUAAAAGAAUCAAAGAUAUUGCAGCUUGCAGAAAGGAAGAAGUGGAAAAACACGGGAAUGAUAUCAGACAGCAAGCACUGGAAAGAUCAGCCUUUCGGGCAAAUAAUCCUAAUGUGAAGUCUACCAACCAGAAACCGACCAUGGCAGAAAUUAGAGAAAGCAAGAAGGAAGCUUUCGCUGAAGAGUUUUCCAAAAUGGGUUGUCUGAAAUGCUAUGACGAGGGUUCGAAAAGAGUUGGUGGAAGAACUGGUAUCAGAAAAGGACGAUUGGAUUCCAAUUUGGAAGAAGGAUCCAAAAGCCACCAAUCUAAGCAUUCGGCAGAACAUGCUCCAAAACCAAGAUGGAAUUAUGGUACCAGUACUAGUAAAAUCACUGAAAGUAAUCAUCUGUAUGGAUAUCACGAGCCGUUUAUUAAUAACUUCAAGCAAAAACAAGUCGCUUCUCUUAAAGACGGGGGUGUGAACGAGCAACAGAGCAAAUCCAAGCCAUCGGUUAAAAACACAGGUCACAGGCAAAUUCCCGUAAUACAAUCACUGAUAAUGGAAGACAAAAGGAACAAUACUGAUACUGCCUUGGAAAACAGAAUACCAAGACAUACAUCAGAACCACAUAUGACUUUACCAUCCAAACGAUCUGCUCCAUCAACAAAGAUACAUCGAGAAAAAUGCUGUGUUUUCCAAGCAACAGAUAUACCUAAUAAUGAUAAUAUGUAA